UUCAGUAGACAUUCUGGUGUUCAGAACAAAAGACGUUUAUAAAGUAAAGCGAAUACAGAACGAAAUGUUUAAAUUGCAAAAUUUUAAAUUGUUGCUAAUAAAACAGCAAAAACAACAUUUAGUUGCCUUUCAGAAAAUUCGUCUUCAAUCAACUGCGACCGCAGAAACUUUAUCAAAUAAAGAAUGGGAAAAUGCAAAACCAUUCGAAGAAAUACCCUCGAUUAGUACUUUCAGUUUUAUUAAGAAAUUCUUACCCGGCGGUAGCUAUGCAAAAUUGGAUUUUGCACAAUUAAUGUUAGCCUUCAAAGAGGAUUUUGGUAGUGUAGCACGUCUACCGGGAUUCUUUGGACGACCAGAAUUCGUUAUAACUCAUAAUGUGGAAGAUUUCGAAAAAGUUUUACGCAACGAGGGUAUAUGGCCAGAAAGAGCGGGCUCAGAAGCCUUACAGUAUCAUCGUCAUGUACAUCGUGCUGAAUUUUUUCAAGGCGUAGAGGGUCUAAUAUCGACACAAGGUAAAUCUUGGGGUACUUUUCGUUCGGCUGUAAAUCCUGUAAUGAUGCAGCCAAAAAAUGUUCGUUUGUAUUUGCAUAAGAUGUCCCAAGUUAAUAAGGAAUUUAUUGAAAGAAUUCGUCAAAUACGUGAUCAACAAACUCUUGAAGUUCCCGAUAACUUCGAAGAGGAAAUGAAUCGUUUCACACUGGAAUCUAUUUCGGUAGUUGCACUUGACAAACAAUUAGGACUGAUCACAGAAAAACGUAACAAUCCACAAGCCAUGGAACUGUUCAGUGCUUUAAACGGUUUCUUUAUGUACUCAGUGGAUGUUGAAUUUAAACCAUCGAUAUGGAAAUACUAUAAGACACCUACAUUUAUGAAACUAAUGAAAAGUUUAGAUACAAUAGUUGAUGUCACUAGUUCAUACGUUAAUGAAGCCAUUGAACGUUUAGAGCAGGAGCGUAAGAAUGAUGUGCCCGAAAAGCCCGACAAUGAAAAGAGUGUAUUGGAGAAAUUAAUUAAGCUUGAUAAGAAGAUAGCCACAGUAAUGGCUAUGGACAUGUUAAUGGCGGGAGUGGAUACGACCACCUCCUCAUUUGCUGCCCUAAUGUUGUGUCUAGCUAAAAAUCCUGAACAACAAGAGAAACUACGUCAAGAAGUUUUAAAAAUUUUACCCCAAAAAGAUUCGGAGUUCAAUGAAAAUUCUUUGAAAAAUAUUCCCUAUUUAAGAGCCUGUAUUAAAGAAUCUCAACGUAUCUAUCCCCUAACGGUGGGAAAUGCUCGAGCUCCAGUAAAAGAUAUAGUCAUAAGCGGCUAUAGAGUACCCAAGGGCACACAUGUUUCUAUGUGUUCUCUCUCCUUAAUGCGUGACGCUAAACAUUAUGCUCGACCAAAUGAAUUUUUACCCGAAAGAUGGCUAAGAUCCAACACAGAAGAUGAAAGUGCUACUAAAUGCCCAAAUGCUUCUCUCAAGCCCACCUCUCCUUUUCUACACUUGCCAUUUGGUUUUGGGUCUCGUAGUUGUAUUGGUCGUCGUAUUGUUGAAAUGGAAUUAGAAUUGGUUACUGCUCGUCUUGUGCGCAAUUAUCAGCUUGAGUUUAACUAUCCAACAGAUAAUGCCUUUAAAAGUUUGGCAAUUAGUGUACCAUAUAUUCCGUUAAAGUUUAAAUUUACUGAUGUUAACUAUUAAGAACAAUUUUAGAAGGCAAUAUAACUCAGUGAUAUGUUAACUUUAAGUAAUAAAUAAGACUCAACUUCGAUAAAUUUUCAAUUAAACAAAAUUAG